CCGAAAAGUCACAUGAAACAAGAGGCGAAUGAAGAGAGUGAAAAUUAUAUAAAUAUUUUUGUGUCAGAGCAAAAUAUAAUUUCUCUUGGUUCGCAAAUAUUUUUCAUCAAGUGGAAAUAAUUGCUUGAUUUUUAUAAGUACUUUUAUGUGCAAUGGCACUUAUUGACGUUGAUUCAGAUCCUUGGCAAUCAGAGCUCCGGGGAUGCGAAAAUCUUUCAUAUGAGAUUACGGAGUUUUUGUCUACCAGAAGCAGAGAGCCGAAUAGGACAACAGAUAACUAUGCAAGACUGUCGACCAACAUCCGAGUCCGGCUGAAGCAAUUUUCUGUGCAGAUUCAGCAGCUGGAAAAUGGUCCAUUGCCUAGGCUUAUUACUGGAGAAGAGAGGGAGAGGAGAAUGCGAGAGGUCGAGACUUUGAAAAGUCGACUAGUUAGACUCCAAAAUCAAUUUGAAGACAGAGUGAACCAUCCAAGAAUUCCUGAAUAUGCAGAACAAAGUUCCUCUAUUCAAAGACCUUUUGGUGAAGCUUCCGGGGCCAUAGAGAUAAAGGGUCAGAUGAAGACCUUGGAAGAAGAACAAGAUAAAGGACUGGAGGCUUUGUCAAAAAUUGUAUCUCGUCAAAAGCAAAUAGCUGAAACUAUAGGAGGCGAGGUUGAAACCCAGAACGAAAUUUUGGAUGACCUGGCUGUGAGAAUCGACAGCACAGAUACCAAUUUAGUGACAGAAACUCGUCAUGUUGCGAUAAUCGACAGGAAAGAUGCUACCUGUGGAUACUGGGUCAUCAUUAUUUUGCUACUUAUUGCAAUUAUUGUUGUCUGGGUAAUUUAAAUAUUUUUAUAAUCUAUAGGUCUAACUAAGAAAAUACGCUUAAAUUUAUUUAUUAAUUAAGAAGAAGAAAACGUGCUAUUUGCGGUUCUUUAUAUAGUCCACAAAUUUGCGGUAAAGGCCUAGUAAUUGUAAUUUUUAUAAUAAAACAGUUUUUUUUUUAAAUUAUUUAACAUCAUUUUGCACUAUUUAUGCUGGAGUAAAUUUCUGUAUAUAAAGAAUUUAGCCAAAUUAUGUCUUAAUGUUUAUAAAUAAAGAUAAAUUUCAUUCAAGAUCUA